AUGGACAUUGCGAGAGCGGAACUAGGACCCCUGGUGGUUAAAUUCUACCGGCAGUAUAUGCAACAGAUAAAUGAUGUGACUUAUCCAUCAGGUGCACUUCUGGUAAAUCCAGAUGUCCAGGAAUGUCUCUAUCGCUAUUUCUUUGAUGCCUCAAGAAAUAAAUAUCUUCCUCCACCAAAGUAUCAAGCAAGGAUUCUCAAGCAUAUCAUUUCGGAAAUCGAAAAGGCAUGCAAAGAUCCUGAAGAAGACCAAGUAUCUGAUCUGCUGAUGGAGCAUAUGGGGUUUCUGGCAGCUAUUCCCCAGCAGGAUCAGUUCGAAGAGGCACAGCAACCACAUGUCCACAGCUAUUUCCCACCACUCCCAUUAGAUCAAUUCGGAGUUCAACCGAUCCUGAUCAAGGAAGCGCAAAAUCUCCUGUCAAGAGGCAACAACGUUGGACUCCGCACGUGGGAAGCAGCACAACAUCUCGCGUGGUAUCUCAUGACCGUGCGACCAGACUUAGUCAAGGGCAAGAACGUGCUUGAACUUGGGGCGGGCACUGGAUUUCUCUCUCUUCUCUGCGCUGGCGAACUGGAUGCGAGACAUGUUUUAGCAACCGAUGGUCUGGCACAUGUAUGCGAAAGUCUCCAAGUCAAUGUUGAUCUCAACAAGGAAAAUAACACCUUACACGGCCAUGAUGCUCCGUUGGUACAGCAACUGGAUUGGACGGACCACCAAGAACUCGAGCAGAUUCUCGAGGACGCCAGGGAAAAGUCGAUCCAAUAUGACCUGGUAAUCGGCGCAGAUAUCACGUACCACCCGGAAAUCCUCAGACCUCUGGCCGAGCUUCUCAAGACCCUCAGUGAGCUCUACCCGGGACUCACCAUCCUCAUCUCAUCCACGAUCCGAAACUUGCACACAUUCUCCCAAUUCACCGACAUCUGUGAGAAGGACCUGGGCUUUCGUAUAACGAAUUUGGUGUGCACCAUUCCAGACGGUCUCCGCUACUCAGGUUUCUUCCAUUCCGUGGCAACGGAGAUCAAGAUCGUGUCGCUCAGUCGAUGA